AAAAAACAACAGCGUUUCUCUAAUCCGGGACUGGUUCUGGCGACAGAACCGACACCGCCCGUUGUGAUGGAGACGGGAUGAGGAGAGGAGGAGAGGAGAGGAGAGGAGAGGAGCAGGCAGCUGAUUGGACGGAAAACAAAAGGAAACCCCACUUGGUUCGUUCCGGCUCCGAGGGGAAGCCUCUGAGCUCGUGCUGUUGGAGGAGCCAUGGAGGAACUGUUGAGUGCGAGCGACCUGUCACGUCUCUCUUGAGGAGAGGGGAUGGAGAGGGGGACGUCUGAUCCGGUGCGAGCAUCAUGACUGUGCACGCGGACGACCGGGGGGAGAUUCGGCAUCGCAGCGUUUGAGAGCACGAUGUCCUCGGGAGGUGAAAUAAGAUCGCUUUAGAUUUACGCACUCCGCUGUGCGCCAGCCGCUGCGCCGACUGAACCCCGACUGGACGCCGACUGGACGCCGACUGAACCCCGACUGGACGCCGACUGAACUCCUCCCGGACGCCGUGCCCCGUCUCUUGUACCCCCUCGCUGCUGAAGGACCGCGGGCGCAUCCAUGGGCUGUUAGUCGGCGCGGAGACGAAGCCGCAUCACUCCUCCGCCGCGCGCCCCACUCCGUCCCUCCGCAGCACCACGGACAGCGACCAUGACGCGGCUCCGCAGGAAGGCGCUCGUCGCGCUCUUCCUCUUCACGCUCUUCAUCUUCGGCACCAUGAUGGGGCUCAGGACGCUGAAGCCCAGCGACGGCUUCUCGGACAUGGCGCCCGGCAUGGAGCUCGUCGGGGAGAGGGCCGACGGGCGGCGGCUGGACGCGGGCGACGUGGCCGCGUCGCCGGCCCAGGUCCACACGGGCAGCAGCGACACGAAGGUGGUGUUCAGCAGGUCCGACCGAGAUUACAGCAUCUUCUACGACGUGCACAUAUUCUACUACCUGUGGUACGGCUCCCCCGGCAUGGACAACAAGUACAUCCACUGGGACCACGUGCUGGUGCCGCACUGGGACCCCAAGAUCGCGGCCAGCCAUGCCCAGGGACGGCACACGCCACCGGAGGACAUCGCCUCGAGUUUUUACCCUGAGCUGGGACCCUACAGCUCCAGGGACCCGACGGUGCUGGAGUCUCACAUGGCCCAGAUAGAGGCGGCCGCAGCAGGGGUGCUGGUGUUGUCCUGGUAUCCUCCCGGGGUGGCGGACGACCACGGGGAGCCCACAGAGGACCUGGUUCCCGCCGUCAUGGACGCCGCCCACAGGCACAGCAUCAAGGUGGCCUUUCACAUACAGUCAUACAAAGGGCGGACGGACCAGAGCGUGCAUGACAACAUCAAAUACAUUACCGACAAGUAUGGAAAACAUGGCGCCUUCUACAGAUUCAGGUCCGGCACGGGGCGAGUCCUGCCUCUGUUUUAUGUCUACGACUCCUACCUGACGCCACCAGAGUCCUGGGCCGAGCUCCUGACAGCGAAGGGCUCCCACAGCGUCAGGGGCACACCGUACGAUGGCAUUUUCGUGGCCCUCAUCGUGGAGGAGCGCCACAAACAUGACGUCCAAGCCAGCGGCUUCGACGGCAUGUACACCUACUUUGCCUCCAACGGUUUCUCCUUCGGCUCGUCCCAUCAGAACUGGAAAGCCAUCAAGGCCUUCUGCGACGCAAACAAUCUGCUGUUCAUCCCCAGCGUCGGUCCAGGGUACGUGGACACGGCUGUUCGGCCAUGGAACAACCACAACACCAGGAACCGGGUGAACGGACGAUACUACGACACAUCCCUGCAGGCAGCUCUGUCUGUCAGGCCAGAAAUUGUCACAAUUACUUCCUUCAAUCAAUGGCACGAAGGGACACAGAUAGAGAAGGCCGUGCCCAAGAAAACCGUGACCCGCUUAUACCUGGACUACCAACCCAACCAGUCUGACCACUACUUGGAGCUCACACGCCAGUGGGCCGAGAACUUCAACAAGGAGAAGGACAAAUGGCUGAUGUGAACACCGUUCGAUUUCCCUGGUCGGUGUGCUGAGCCUGAUCACAAACUACGUGAAGUCAGCUCUCACUGUAGAAAAACAACACUUUACCUUCAUACACCCACCUGUUCUUUCCCCAAAUGUUCCCUCUGAACCUCGCUGAUUUUAAAUCACUAACAUUUUUUUUUUGUACAGGUGAAUUAUGUCACUGCUCUGUUGAAUCUACGAGGCCGCGGUGAUGGCGAGCCGUCCUUUCAGGGUGACAAAUCAGCUCAGACAUCAAGAGGACGUGGUUAUGUACAGCAACUCUGCCCAGUGGGGUUUGGUUUUUUUUCGUACUUUCUUAUGAUAGGAGACUGUUCUUGUUCUACGAAUGUUCUUUCCUGUAUUUCCUCAAGGGACAAAUUAAAAUGUGUGUCUGCUUA